AUGCUUACUGCAAAUAAAGAAUAUCCCAAAGUUUGGUUAUAUCUACAGAAUAUACCUGACUCUCGGCUGCAACAUAUUGCACGAAUCAAGCUACUGUCUGAAGUACCCGAUACUGAAGUUGCACAAGAAUGCCAAGAUAUGAAUUGGGGAGUGUUCAAACCCCUUCUUACUGAUGCUUUAAUUGAUCAUCUACAUCCAAUCCAGGUUCGAUAUGAAGAAAUCAUAUCUGAUACAGCUUAUUUGGAUAAAGUUUUGGCAGAGGGUGCCAGAAAAGCUGCAGAUAUAGCGGAUGUUACGCUCAAUAAUGUCUACCAGGCAAUGGGAUUCUUGCAGAGAUGA